UGGCUCAAUCGACCAAACCCUAUCGACAAUCAUCAGCAUUUCCUCUCCCUGAUUGAACAAAUCUGAAAUACAUGCCCAACAGUUUCAGCACAAUGGCUCUCACCUCCCUCUUCCUCCCUCUCCUCCUCCUGCUUUCUUCUCUCCAUGUUGUCACCACCGUCGCUAGAGCCGCCCCAAAAUUCGACUCCCUGGCCGGCGAGGCUAACGCGAUCUCUCCCAAAGCAUACCUUAUCCAUUACUGGGACAAGCAAAUCACCAAUAACCUCCCCAGGCCACCAGUCCUCUUCUCCAAAGCAUCACCCCUGACCGUUGCAUCCGCGGCCAUCUUCACCCAACUUGUCGCUAAUGACGCCAUCUCCGAUCACCUCCUAUCUUUCUGUGAGGAGGCAAAACUACUUUGCUUCUUGAACUCAUCAUUUAAUGGCGUCGAAGUGACAGACAGCAACUUGGAGUCUGCCGAUGCUAGCAACAUAAAUUGGGGGCCGCCUCCCGAUGCUAACAACAAGAAUUUCCACUUUGAUGUCGAUACAACGGUGAAAGCUGAUGACAAGAAUGUAAAUAGGGGCAUGGAGCCAAGCGUGUUCUUCCGAGAGUCAAUGCUGAAGAGCGGUAACGUGAUGUCAAUGCCCGCCCUCCGGGACAAUUUGCCCAAAAGGUCAUUUUUGCCCCGCGGCAUAUCCUCCAAAUUGCCAUUCUCAACCUCAAAGCUUGCAGAGCUGAAGCAAAUAUUCCAUUCCGUUGAGAAUUCCACAAUGGAGAAGAUCAUGGCACACACACUAGGCCAGUGUGAGGGUGCGGCGAUCCAUGGUGAAACCAAGAGGUGCGUGGCCUCCAUCGAGGACAUGAUCGAUUUCGCCACCUCGAUAUUGGGUCAUGACGUCGCGGUCCGAUCCACGGAGGGCACCGGAGGCUCGAAGCAAGAGGUUUUGAUCGGGCUGGUCAUUAGGCUCAAGGGAGCCGAAGUGAGCAAGCCCGUGGCCUGUCACCAGAAUCUAUUUCCUUACAUGGUAUAUCACUGCCAUGCAUUAGAAAACGACCGCAUUUACGAAGUAGACAUACUAGACCGCAAGUCCAAGGCUAAGAUCAACCACGGCGUCGCCAUCUGUCAUAUGGACACGUCGGCUUGGGGGCCUACCCACGAGGCGUUCCUCACGCUCGGGUCGGGUCCUGGCCGGAUCGAGGUCUGCCAUUGGGCAUAUGAGAACAGCAUGGUAUGGACAACCGCUGAGUGAUAAUGAAAGAACGAAGUGUGGCCAACACCGAAUAAAUAUGGGUUCGGCCUAGUGAUCAAGAGAGAACUUAGUCUCUCGCUGGCUUCAACCCAAGUCCUCAUUCGCCUUAUAUUAUCGUCUAAUAUAGUAUCUAAAUCCGAUACGCAGAACUAUGCGUCUGUGUUUAGUGCGUGAAAGUUGUCAUGAUCAGUAAAUCUUAAGUGUUUUUAUGA